AAUGUGUGUUCUCAUGCUCUUUUUGAUGUGAAACAGUGUCAAGUGGUGGAGUUUGAAUGUCAAAGAGGAAUGUUGCCAAGCUUGCUGUGUCGCCAAUGUUCUGCCUAUCAUAUUAUAAAUAAUAAAUUUUAAAGUUGACAUAGAGAAUGAGAAACCAAAAUCGAAGAAUAAUACAAGUACCUCUACAAUUAGAAAUGAAGGAUCUUAAUAGAUUUGUAUUUGUAAUGGUCUUGGACAUCGUUAUCGUCAAUUAAGGACCAUUCAGUGUGAUUAUUUCAUUUGUUAAUUUGCUCUUAAAGCUAAUGGUUCCAUUGUGCUUCUUGUUGUUGCAAAGGGACCUUUUGUCACCUUCACUGUCCUCUCAUUCAUACUUGUGUAUUAUGUAAAUUUCCAUAAAAGUUUUAUCACUUAUUUAUAGAGUUAUGAGGAUAUUUUUAGUUUCUAAACUUUGUAAACGUUCAGUUUACUAUGUCUCCAUAUAUUUUAGGUAGAUUAACUCUCCACAGAUGAUCUGAAGUUUACUUUCCUCUAAAUUUUUGUUUUUAUGAAACACAGUUUUAACCCUUGUGUAAUGAAUCUUUGAUGUAUGAUGUAGUAGAGUGUUUGAUAAGUAUCCUAUAAUAUUUUUAGACCUUUAUGAAAGCCUAAAACAGUAAAAAAAUUAAAUGAAAAAAAGCACUAAAACGCAUAAGAAAUCAAAAUGAAAUGAAAUGAAAUGAGAAUGAUAGGAUAAGUUAAGAUGUUUGAUAAUGGAAAAACAAAAGAUGCUUUGCACUUUGAAAAAUCAAAAUUGACGGAAACAACUGUAACGAAAAUAGAAAGCGUUUAGGAGUGGUCUGCGGGUUUCUGGCAACGAGGUACUCGUCGGUUUUGCCCUCGUUGUGUCGCGUGUAACCGAAGACCUUAGGUACCGUGGUAAUUCCAACUCGAAAACCAUCGUGUGUGCAUUAUCUUCGAGGUUGCACCGAUGAUUAGCUGUUUCGGGGCACGCGAUGCGAGCCAUGCUAUUCGGUCAGAUUGAUUAAAUUCGCAUUCAACUACCGACAGGAAUCUAUCCCCAUUCUAAUCAUACUCAUGACACUAUACCAGGCUCAUUUCAUUUCUGAAUGAUAAUAGAUAUUUGAAAUUUUCAAAUAUUUCAAAUUAUUACUUCAAUUUUUAUUUUUACUUUUCCCUCGAUUCUAAAUUACAAUAAUAGAUUAAAUAAAAUAAUUGCUUCGAUGGGAUAAAUCAAUCUGACUAUGGUUAUCUGAUUUUCGUCGACUGGAAAACACGCCUCAAUUGAAAUUGUGCAUUCAAAUGCCUCGAUUAAAUUCACCCAGCAAUUUCAACGGGCUAUUAUUUGUGAUGAAUUUAUUCGUGAUUUUUAAUAUCUCAUAGCAUUAUUAAUGUGUACUGAAAUUGAGAAAAUUACUCAUUUCUAUUCGUCUUUGAAAUUUUACACAAGCUGUCCAUGCAGCUUCAUAUUCCAAAAUGCAGUAUUAAAUAAAGAUAAAUUAAGAUCGGAAACUGGCAUUGCGCCAGACGUUCGUGUACUACCGUUGAACCUGCGAUUUAUACCUAAAACUUUGUGCAUGUGCAACGCGAGAGUUUAACAAUCGGCAAAGCGUUUUGCGCACUUUCUCAAAGCUUUAUCGUGACUGCACGCUGCAAUUACACUGCACCACGAGAAUUACAUUUGCCGCUAGACAGACGGAUGCGAAAGAAUCGAAAGUGAAUUGCGAAACGGCCAAAAUAAAAUGCACGAAAAGUGCUGCUACAGCAUAGUAAAAGAAAAAAAAAAUAUCACUGCAGCUUUGUUUGCAGCACUGCCAUUAAAACUGGUACUUUUAAUUGCUUUGCUAUUUAUACGAGAGAAGUAUAAAAUGGAGCUACUAGUACCAACAGUUUCAGACGUGGUGUUCAAAUACACAUGGCCUGUACCGAAUUAUAAAAAAUCCAUUUUGAAGAAGAGCUUUAUUGAUAGCCCGUCAUUCGACGUAAAUGUAAAUGGCAUUCAUAGUACUUGGAAUCUUUCCAUCAGGUUUUGGAAGAAUCCUGACGGGAAAAGAAUGAUAAACCCAGUGGUAUUGUGCCUGAACAUGUUGAACUGCACCGUAGAUGAAGCGGAACAAGCAAAGAUACGAUUUCAAUUUGCAGUUUUCAAUGCCGACGUUAAAUAUUGGGAGUAUUGUCACGUUAGCAGGACAGUACUCGAGUUAAAAUCCUGUUUAGAUAUUAUUUCCUUGGGCUACAGGGAUUUAUCCAUCGUCGAUAGGCAUUUAAAUAAGAAUGGUGAAAUUCUGUUAAUGGUGAAGAUACAGAUAAUCCAAUACGAAAGCGAGAAACAUAACUUGUCCCAGGAUAUGGCUAGACUACUCAAACACCCAUAUAGUGCUGAUACCAAAUUAUCAUGUGGAGGUUUAAAUAUCACAGAGAUUCCAGUUCACAGUAAUAUAUUAGCUGCUCGCAGUCACAUUCUGGCUGAAAUGAUGUCGCCCUUAAGGAAAUCCGAUGAACAGAAAAAUACGGAUACCGCAGAAGAUAAAAUAUCAGAUACGCCAGAAUCACAUGUAGGAAACGUGAUUUCUAAAGAAAACAAAUGUUUUAGUGAUGACUACACAUACUUCCUGGAAUUGUUGCAUCUUAAUAAAGAGGUGGUAGAAGAAUUGUUAAGAUACAUAUACACUGAUCAUGUGGACAAUCUUGAUAAUUUGGCUUCUCAACUUUUAUCUCUUGCUGACCAUUUUUGUUUACAAGGAUUGAAAGAACUUUGCGAGAGGAAUCUUAUUGAAACAAUAACACCCGAAAACAUAGCAAGUAGGCUUCUGGUUGCUGAUCAAUUUGACUGUGAUGCACUGAAGAAAGCAAGUUUAGCAUACUGCGAGGAAAAUAUAACAAUACUGAAUAAAAGUUUAGCAUGGAAAAUGAUGGAACAAGUGAAUCCAGAAUUGUUCAAUGAAGUUUGCGAGGCUGGUAUUGGCAGUUCAAGAUCGAGUAAUAUGGACGAUAGUGAAUUAAGUAAUUGUUAUGAAGGAAAUUAAUGGACGAAAAUGAUGAUCAUAACAGGAUAUCGUGGUUGAUGAUGGAAGAAAAUAUCUUAACUUUCCUGUUAUCUGAAAUGUGCAAUUUAAAAUUCUACUUGAUUAUUAAAAUGUAAAUAUUGAAU